AUGAAGGAUGCACCAUCAAUAAAAGAAUUGCGAGAAGGUGCGACUGAAACUCUAAAACGGCCACUGACUGGUCUUUUUCGGCGCCCUGGAUCGCGAGCAGGAAAAAAGAAAGAAGAGGAGGAAGCAGCUGCUGAAAGUGCAUCGGCAUUACCGCCUUCAAAUUUCAGAACUUCUACCAAGCUAACUUCUGCUCUUGAAGACGUUGUACUCAAUGAUGAAUCUCCAAGAAGUGGAAAGUCUGAAAGUGUAGGAAGUUCUGUAAGUCGAAAUCCAGUGACAAAGGAAGCUGCUAACGCACCGAACUUUCGACCUAGCUUGAAGGAAGAAAUAGUGAGUUCGAAGCUAGCGGAUCUAUUCAAACUGGACGACAUUGAUCUUUCCAUUUUGGGACGACAUUUUCCACCAGAAAAUGAGUUAUACGAGGAUAACGCACCUUGGGAUUGGGAUCAUUUAUACGCUUCUCUUUCAUCAGAAUUACGUGAUGAGUGGAGUUCAGAUUCAGAGAACUAA